UUAAAAUUUUUAGCUGGCAGUGCCUCAACUGUAUUUGACAUUUUGUCGGCUUGUCAUAUUGGAAAUUUCUUGGGCGUUUUGCCACGACCACGUAUAUAAAGUUGUUUAAAUGAAAAGUUUAGCUGUUUUAAACAAUAAUAUUGAAAUAAAAUAAUUCAAAACUAUUGUCCAAAAAAAUUGCUUUGCGCUAUAGACGCUGCCUACAACCGGCUUUUUUGUGGCCAGUUUUUAUUUUUCGGAUUUUGUGUGAGAGUUGCUUUCUAGCUUGGGAUCGAAGAAAAUAGCCGAUUUUCGUGCUAUUGAAUCGUGCCACCAUGACCUUGGACGCAGCUACCGCGACUGCUAGCCGGUCGAGGAUAACGUUGACCUGGGAAAAGCAAGAACAUCUUAUAAAAUUAGCUAUUUUAAUUAUAGCGGCUGUGCUUUCAUUUGCCACGCGUUUAUUUUCGGUGCUGCGUUUUGAAAGUGUUAUCCAUGAAUUUGAUCCAUACUUCAAUUACCGUACCACGCGGUUCCUUGCUGAGCAAGGUUUCUACCAGUUCCAUAAUUGGUUUGAUGAUCGAGCAUGGUACCCGCUGGGACGUAUUAUUGGCGGCACCAUCUAUCCUGGGUUGAUGGUGACUGCCGCAGCACUUUACAGACUUAUGUGGUUGCUGAAUAUUACCAUUGAGAUUAGGAAUGUGUGUGUCUUUUUGGCACCAUUCUUCUCCUCACUAACCACAUUGGUUACAUAUGCGCUGACAAAGGAGAUUCACAGUACCGGCGCCGGUUUGGUUGCAGCUGCUCUUAUUUCAAUUGUGCCCGGCUACAUCUCGCGUUCGGUUGCAGGCUCCUAUGACAAUGAGGGCAUUGCUAUCUUCUGUAUGUUGCUCACAUACUAUUUGUGGAUUAAGGCAGUGAAAAGUGGCGCCAUUUUCUGGUCGACCAUGUCGGCAUUGGCCUAUUUUUACAUGGUUUCUUCGUGGGGCGGUUAUGUGUUCCUCAUCAAUUUAAUACCACUGCAUGUUUUGGCAUUAAUGAUCACAGGACGCUUUUCCCAUCGCAUUUAUGUGGCGUAUAGCACAUUGUAUUGCAUUGGCACAAUACUCUCGAUGCAGAUUUCAUUUGUCGGUUUCCAACCAAUACAAAGCUCGGAACACAUGCUGGCUCUUGGCACCUUCGGUCUAUGUCAAAUACACGCGUUUGUUGAUUAUCUACGCGCCCGUCUGUCCAAAGAAAAUUUCGAAAUUCUUUUCAAAGCCUUAGUGUCUGGUAUACUGACUACAGUGCUCGUGAUAGGUACUGUGCUGACGAUUACUGGCAAAGUUUCGCCCUGGACUGGCCGUUUUUAUUCGCUGCUUGAUCCUUCAUACGCGAAGAAUCACAUUCCCAUCAUCGCAUCUGUGUCGGAGCAUCAGCCUACAUCAUGGUCGUCGUUCUACUUUGACUUGCAGAUCUUGGUAUUCCUAUUCCCAGCUGGCUUGUACUUCUGCUUCUCAAAACUAACCGACUCGAAUAUCUUCAUCAUUCUUUAUGGUGUAACUAGUAUUUAUUUUGCGGGUGUAAUGGUGCGUUUAAUGCUCGUGCUAGCGCCGGUUAUGUGUGUCUUAUCUGGCAUUGCCACUUCGCAUCUGCUCUCCAAGUAUAUAAAAUGUAUAGAUGCCGGCCCAUCGAAACCCGUUGAAAGUAAACGUCAGUACAAGAAACUUGAACAACAGAGCAGCGGUGUGAAGAGUGAGGUGGCUAUUGGUUUUGUGGGCAUAAUUACGUUCAUGCUCAUUGUGUAUACAUUCCAUUGUACUUGGGUGACAUCGGAGGCAUAUUCGUCACCAAGCAUUGUACUAAGUGCGCGCUCACAUGACGGAGGACGCAUCAUAUUCGAUGAUUUUCGAGAGGCUUACUAUUGGCUGCAAAUGAAUACACCAGAGGAUGCGCGCAUCAUGUCUUGGUGGGAUUAUGGCUACCAGAUAACUGCUAUGGCUAAUCGUACUAUAUUAGUGGACAAUAACACCUGGAAUAACACGCAUAUAUCACGUGUAGGCCAAGCGAUGGCUUCAUCUGAGGAGAAGGCUUAUGAAAUCAUGCGUGAACUGGACGUUGAUUACGUGCUUGUAAUCUUUGGCGGUUUAACCGGCUAUUCUUCUGAUGAUAUUAAUAAAUUCUUGUGGAUGGUACGCAUUGGUGGUAGCACAGAUCGUGGCGCACACAUUAAGGAGCGCGACUAUUACGCACCCAAUGGCGAAUUCCGCGUGGACAAAGAAGGUUCGCCGACGCUACUAAAUUGUCUCAUGUACAAAAUGUGCUACUAUCGCUUUGGUCAAGUGUACACCGAGGGUGGUAAACCACCGGGUUACGAUCGCGUACGUUCUGCCGAAAUUGGUAAUAAAGACUUUGAGUUGGAUGUUUUGGAGGAGGCCUACACAACCGAGCAUUGGUUGGUGCGCAUAUACAAAGUGAAGGAUUUACGAAAUCGCGGCGUAUAAAAGCAACAUUUGCUUAUGCUAGACGCUAACAAACAGCAGUAAACUACCAGUGCAGUACAUUUGAAAGUGUUGAGAGACUAAAAAUAAAGAAUCUUGAGUUUUGCGAA